AUGCGCGAGGACAUGACCAGCAUGGUGCGCGCCAAGGCGGAGGAGGAGCCCGGUGAGAAGCUGUCCCAGGAUGAGAUCAUCUCGCGCACAAAGCAGGUGAUCCAGGGCCUGGACGCUCUGAAGCUGGAGCACCAGUCCAUCCUGGACGGGCUGCUGGGCACGCUGCGCCGCCUGAAGCGGGACGAGGAGGGCACGGCGCUGGCGGCCGAGGAGAAGUCUCACGUAAUCCGCAAGUCGCUGGAAAUGUUGGAGCUGGGGCUGAGCGAGGCCCAGGUGAUGAUGGCCCUGUCGGCCCAUCUGAGCUCGGUGGAGUCGGAGAAGCAGAAGCUGCGGGCGCAGGUGCGGCGCCUGUGUCAGGAGAACCAGUGGCUGCGGGACGAGCUGGCCGGCACGCAGCAGAAGCUGCAGAAGAGCGAGCAGAACGUGGCGCAGCUGGAGGAGGAGAAGAAGCACUUGGAGUUCAUGAACCAGCUCAAGAAGUACGACCAGGAUCUCUCGCCAUCGGAUGAGAAGGACUCAGACACAAGCAAGGAGCCUUUGGACGAUCUCUUCCCAGAUGAUCACGACGACCAAGCGCAAGGCAUGGAGCCAUCUUCUCAUGGUAGUGCGGCGGCAGCGGCGGCCCAACAAGGCGGCUACGAGAUCCCAGCCCGCCUGCGCACCCUACACAACCUGGUGAUCCAGUAUGCCUCACAGGGCCGCUAUGAGGUGGCCGUGCCGCUCUGCAAGCAGGCCCUGGAGGACCUGGAGAAAACGUCGGGUCACGAUCACCCGGAUGUGGCCACUAUGCUCAACAUCCUGGCCCUCGUUUACAGGGAUCAGAACAAGUACAAGGAGGCCGCCAACCUGCUCAAUGACGCUCUGGCCAUCAGGGAGAAGACACUGGGCCGAGACCAUCCUGCUGUCGCCGCCACGCUCAACAACCUUGCCGUGCUGUACGGCAAGAGGGGCAAGUACAAAGAGGCCGAACCGCUGUGCAAGAGAGCGCUGGAAAUAAGAGAAAAGGUGCUGGGCAAGGACCACCCGGAUGUGGCCAAGCAGCUCAACAACCUGGCCCUGCUGUGUCAGAACCAGGGCAAGUACGAAGAGGUGGAGUACUACUACAUGCGAGCACUGGAGAUCUACCAGACCAAACUGGGGCCCGAUGACCCCAACGUCGCCAAAACCAAGAACAAUCUGGCCUCCUGUUACCUCAAGCAAGGCAAGUUCAAGCAGGCCGAGACACUCUACAAAGAAAUCCUUACACGGGCCCACGAGAAGGAGUUUGGCUCUGUUGACGGUGAGAACAAACCCAUUUGGAUGCACGCUGAAGAGAGGGAGGAGCAAAGCAAGGGCAAGCAGAAGGACGGCUCACCGUUUGGAGAGUACGGCGGCUGGUACAAAGCUUGCAAAGUGGACAGCCCCACCGUCACCACCACGCUGAAGAACCUGGGCGCGCUGUACAAGCGGCAGGGCAAGUUCGAGGCGGCCGAGACCUUAGAGGAGGCCGCCAUGCGCUCAAGGAAGCAGGGCCUGGACACGGCCCACAAGCAGCGCGUGGCCGACGUGCUGGGUGAGCCGGAGGCUCGGGAGAAGCAGCGUAGCCGCGAGAGCUUAACGUCUGACACAGUCAAGUAUGAGAGUGGGCCCGACGGCGGCGAGGAAGUGAGUAUGAGCGUGGAGUGGAACGGGGACGGCUCGGGCGCCCUGAAGCGAAGCGGCUCCUUCAGCAAACUGCGAGCAUCGUUGCGCCGCAGCAGCGAGAAGUUGGUGCGCAAGCUCAAAGGCGGCGGAAGCGGCGGUCAACCCAAAAACCCCGGCUUGAAGCGGGCCAGCUCACUCGGGGUUCUCAACGUGGCCCAGGAGGCCCCGCUCACUCAGCGCCACUACCAAGAAGGAAAUCAUCGUCUGAGAAUGAGUCGCGACCUGAGUGCCAGCCAAACCGACUUGACGCGUUGA